AUGACGCUCCUCCUCGUCACGCUUGCCCUGUUGCUGGUUGCGAGCGCCAGCGCGGACAAGACACCACCAACCCUCGCCGUGCGUGGCAUCGAGAAACGCGCGCCGAUAGACCCGUCGACCACGGACGCAUGCACCUGGGGCUGCUGGCAGCAGGCAGCCACAGCGGCAAGUUGCGACAAGUACGACACUCAGUGCACCUGCAUGACCAACAGAUUCGCGUUCGACAACGCAUAUGUGCCAUGCGUAUUGUUCACACCGCAGUGUUCCGCGUCCGCCGCGACGACGUUCCAGUCAUCCGCGUGUCAGUACGGGUUUGAGUUAUCAUCUGCGGCCGCGCGCCGACGGGGACUGGAGCGCGCGCUCGUGCCGUCCUGCCCGGGGAAGAAGGUAUGCCGCACCCGCCGCGGCUCGCACAAGAACCUGUUCCACAACCAGCUUGACAAUGGGGGUGACUAUGACGGAUACGAGUGCGUCGACGUGAUGCGUGAACUCGAGGCGUGCGGUGGCUGCCCUGGCGUCGACGGCGUCGACUGCACCGCGCUCGAGGGGGCCGGCGACGUCGCGUGCGUCGGCGGACUGUGCGAGGUGCGGACGUGUGAGCGCGGCUACCGACGUCACCGUGGAGUGUGCAUCUAG